CCCCACCAAGCUCGCGGUGCCCGGUUCCUCGGAAGACUUCAGCACGGAAGGCACUGCUGCUGCCGGUAAUGGAUUCUUCAGCAGUGGUGGUGUUACCUCUAAUCUGCCACCACCGACAGUUGCACUUUCAGCCUACUUUGUUAACAGCCCAUACAUCAGCGGUCGUACUCAUCUCGUCUUCAAUCUCGUCUACGUCCGUACCAACAUCUCCGCCUUCUCUCGUGACGUUGCGUCAGUGACUUA